AGCGGUGAACGGGUGGAGCGGAACAUGUAGUGUUGAUUUGAAAACGAAAAGUGUGUUUUAAAUCGUACAACAUGGCUGACAUUGAUGAAAUGAAUAUCGACUACGAGGUCGGCUACGGGUACGACACGAGUAAGAUACCAGAAAUCGUUACUCCCGAUGACACGAAUGAAUCUGGCUACCAGGAGGGUUCGGAGCAGAGCUAUGGGGAUAGACGAGAUUCGAAGGAGGGUUUCGGUGGCGAGGGGGAUUCCGAUAGUGGUGUCGAUGGGGUGAGCAGUGGAUGUAGCACAGUCGAUGACUGCCCGGUUGUGUCGAUAAAUGAUGUGGUUGCGUACUAUGAUGACAUUCGCCCGAGGCGGCGACACGUGCCUCAGCUCAAUUUCUAUCACGUGGAUAUCGAGAGGAUGGCCUUGGACGCUGUUGUUCAGGUAUCUACACUCUUAAAUAUUCAUGUCAGUCUGUCAACAUCACACAUUGGUAAAGUAAUCUGAAUAAUAAUAGUUUACCACUAACCUUUAGAAUUAAAUACAACACAAGUAAAUAUUACGG